GUUUUUGCUGUUAUCUUCACAACUUGUGUUACCUAACUCAAGUCAAAUAGACUACUCCUGUUCGCUUAUGGUCUGGUCUUAGUUUCUCCUGUGACUGUUGUCUAUUCAAACUCAGGUCCGUCAUUUCGCAAUUGCUGAUGAGAAGAAGUUGACAUUUGGCUCAAAAUGUAUUUACUUGACUUCUUGGCUGGGUGGUUUGCAGGUGGACUUGCUACCGCUGUUGGAUAUCCUUUGGAUACAAUCAAGGUGAGAAUUCAGACACAACAUAUAUACAGAGGUAUUUGGCACUGCAUUCAAUCAACAUACCAGAGAGAAAAGGUAUAUGGAUUUUACAAAGGAAUGGCAUUACCUGUUCUGUCGGUGUCUGUAUGUGGUUCAGUUUGCUUUGGCACGUACAGAAAUUGCCUUCAUUUUUUAAGUCAGUUGAAACAUGGUAGCCCAGAUGUGAAACCAUCCAAAUUUGAUGUUUUCAUUGCAGGCUGCUCUGCAGGGACUGCUGAGGCUAUGGUGUUUGCCCCCAUUGACCUAAUCAAGAUAAGGCAGCAGAAUCAGACGCAUCCUCAUCAGUCUUAUCAAGGCCCUCCUUCUCGUGACCUUUUGUUAAAGCCAAAAUACAGAGGCCCAACCCACUGCCUAAUAACAGUAGUAAAAGAGGAAGGAAUUUUGGGACUGUACAGAGGUAUUACUGCACUAUGGUUAAGAGACAUUCCAUGUUUUGGAUUAUAUUUUUUGGUGUACUCUGUUUUUACUGAAUGGCUGACUCCACAAGGACAACAUAAGCCAGAUUGGUCAGCCAUGCUGUUGGCUGGUGGAUGUGCUGGCAUGACUUACUGGACUUUGGCCACUCCGAUGGAUGUCAUGAAAUCCCGAAUGCAGAUGGAUGGCAUGGGACAGCAGAGAUAUAAUGGUGUACUAAAUUGUAUCAGUGAAAGUUUCAGACAAGAAGGGGCAAGAGUUUUCUUCAAGGGUUUAAGUUUAAACUGUGUGCGUGCAUUUCCUGUCAAUGGACUGACAUUUGUAAUUUAUGAAACUGUGCUGGCAUUUCUCAAAAAACAAAUGCAAAGGAUUAAUGAAGUUCCUACGUCCUAAGAUAUUCAAUCAUCAUAUCCACUGUGGCAACAGGCCCUUCGGCCCAACCUGGCACUGUGAAACAGCAGUGCUAAUCACUGAGCCACUGUGCUGCCCA